AUGUUCUCUCGGAAUUUCCGUGAACAUGGGCCGGUAAAGCUUUCCACAUAUCUCAAAACCUACAAAGUCGGCGAUAUCGUUGACAUCAAAGCCAACGGUGCCGUACAAAAGGGCAUGCCUCACAAAUUCUAUCAUGGCCGUACUGGUAUCGUCUACAACGUCACAAAAUCGGCCGUUGGUGUGAUUGUCCAUAAGAUAGUCGGGAACCGAUAUAUUGAAAAGAGGGUUAACGUGAGGAUCGAACACAUUAAGCAUUCAAAGUGUAGAGAUGACUUUUUGAGGAGAGUGAAGGAGAAUGCAGCAUUAAAAAAGCAAGCCAGAGCGAAUAACGAAAAAGUAAAUCUCAAAAGACAACCGGCCAAGCCUCGUGAGGCACAUUUUGUCUCUACGAAAAAGAACAUCCCCAUUACAGUCACACCCCUUCCGCAUGAUACUGUCUUUUAA